CGGGCCCGGAGGCGGCCGCGUCUCCGCCAAGCGGCCGCGGGUCGCGCCCUCCUUCGGCGACAUCAUGUCUCCGCACAUGACUGGCGUCACACUGCCCAACGGCUUCUCGCCGCUGCAGCGGCUGCUGCUGACCGCAAACGGGAACGUGGAGCGGAUCGUCUCCUCCUUCUACUACGAGCCGCUCACGGUGCUCGUCAACCUCAACCACAAGCGCUCACCCUGCGUCUACGACCGGCAGGUGACGAUGCUCGUGCGCGGCGAGCCAUUCCUCCACGCAAAGUCGACCAUCUACCUCACCGACCCGGCCUGGGAAGAGAUGGUCGAGCGGCGAGGCACGCCCCUCGGCGCCGUCUUCCGAGUCAUGGGGGUGCUCCCCACCUUCCACCUCCGCUCCGUCGGCCGCGGCCGCGACUCGUCCGGCAGCGGCUUCUUUUGGCGCGUCUACACGCUCGCCUCGCAAGGCAUGACGUGCGAGAUCACAGAGACGUUCGCCGACGACACGUUCGAGAAGCGGAGCCGCGGCUCCGCGCUCGACGCCUCCCUCGCGUCGACCGACGGGCACGGGAUACCGGUCUGAACGUGUGUGCUGUGUGUGCUGUGUGUACACGAGCGAGGACCGAGCGAGGUGUGAUUCACAUGUUGAGUGUGGGGGGGGUUCAGACUUUAGGGGUGACCUGAUGUGGAGAUGUGGCAGCUGUAUAUGCGUCGAUUGCAAUUUAUGGGGACGCGGUAAAAAA